CGAACGAGGCGGCAAGUUUACGUCGUUCCAACUUGAAAUCCAUCUUUCAUCUUUUGCCUUUGAAUCGAUUCCAAGUCGAACAUUUCGUGACAGCCCCUGUUGUGCUGUGAAACGGUCUCGAACCGACAUGGCGCCGACCGCCGAUGACGAAAGCGCGGUCCGAGAGGACGAAGCAGGUCUAUUGCGGAAAACGCCGCCGUCCGUCGCGUCGUCCUACGUGAAUGGUGUACCCAACCUAUGCCACCCCAAGCACAUUGGGCUCAUGAUCACGUACGCCGGUGUCGGCAUCCUUCAUGGGGCGUUCCCACGCACCGUGUAUCCAUUCUUUCGCAUGUACUUGAACAUGGACGGGUAUCAAGUCGCGGCAUGCACGAGCAUCAUCGACAUGGCGUGGUCUUUCAAAGUCUUCUUCGGUCUCGUCAGCGACAGCGUGCCCGUGUGGGGCUUCCGUCGCCGUCCGUACGUGCUGCUGGGGUGGUUGAUCGCCCUCGGCUUCAUGCUGCACAUUGCGAAUACGCCGACCGAAGCGCCGUACUACGUCAAGGGACAAAUCUUGUCGGUCCCGAACGUCCAGCUGCGCCGCGUCGACAACCCCCACGCCCCUGCCGACGGCACCAAGUACAUCCUUCUCCUCAUGGGCGCCAGCAUGGGGUAUGUCAUGGCGGACGUUGCGUGUGAUGCGGCCAUGGUCGAGCUCGCGCAGACCGAGAGGGAAGACGUUCGCGGCCAUACGCAGAGCUGGUCGUACAUCAUCAAGUACGUGUUCAACAGCCUUGCGACGGGAAUCGUGGGCGUGGUGCUGAAUGGCCCAGAGUACGGCGGUGCGUUUUCGUGGUCCAUCUCGUUCAACGCGCUCAUGUGGGCCCUGUGCUGCGUCGUGCUUGCCGUCCUCCCGGCCGUGCUGGUCUUCCCGGACAACAUCCCGGACAACGUGUCGCCACUCUCGGACAAGUGCCGCGACAUGUUUGCCGUGUGCACGCAGCGCGCGAUCUGGCAGACGAUGUGGUUCCAGUACUUGAACGGGUUUUUCCUCGGGUUCGACGCGGCCCCGAGCAGCGUCGUCGCGUCCGACUGGGCCCACGUCGAGCCGAUCAACGACAGCAUCUUCAGCAUGGCAUCGACCGCGUUGAUGGCGUUUGGGAUGGUCCUGACAAACUGGUACUUUCUCGACGCGGACUGGCGCGUCUUGGUCGCAUUGACGACGGUCGCCAUCGUCGCCGUCGACUCGUUCGUGAGCGCGCUGACGAUCGGCGACAUCGUACGGAACCAGUGGUUUUACCUGGGCGCGCCCGUGCUCAACAAUUUGCCGCAGGGCAUUCGGUUCGUCGUGUCGGGGUAUGCCGUUGCUGGUGUCGUCGCGUUGUGUUGUGGCUGACGUGUGGCGCUGCAGGUUUGUGACCGUCGAAGUCACGGACGCCGGCCACGAAGGCGCCACGUACGGCCUGGUCACGACGGUUGGCAACCUCGCGACGCCGCUCGCGAGCGCCGCAUCCAGUUUCAUCGAUGGAUUCUUCCACGUGUACCAAACCGACAUUGACCGCGACACGCCCGACGUCCGCAAUCGCGUUGCGUACACGUACGGGAUUGCGUACGCGAUGAAGUUGACGAGCCUCGUGACGUUGCUAUUGCUGCCAGCACAGAAGCGCCAAGCUCAAACGCUGAAGCGAGAAGGGGGCCGCCAGCCGUGGAUUGGGACGCUGACGCUGGCCGUCACGGGGCUCUCCCUCGUCGUUGGCGUCGGCACAAACCUCCUUGCGAUACUCCCCGCCACGUCCUGCAUGAAGAUGGCGGGUGGACCAGGAUGCAACCCCCACACGAGUGCGUUCGCGGGGUGGUAACCAUUUGCGUUGCAUGGACUGUCGGAGGGUGUCGAGCCUAGGGCGCUACUAGUUUUCUCGUUGUUGAUGUAUCCAUGGUUUUGUUGUACAUGACGCCCCCUCCGGAACAAGGUCCCCAUCACAUGCAGCACGC